AUGGGAUUCGAGCUUGUGCUCGGACAGGGUGCCCAGAAACCAUCCAUCGAUACUGGCGACCUGCAAGGAACCAAGAAGCCGAGGCGCUUUACUGAAUUGGUUUCAAUGUUAGAAACCCAGCGGGAUUGCAACUCGGUGCCGGCAGUGAAGAGCGCCCGUAACAAACGCAUGUCCCAUCUCUCGUCAAAGGCCGUGCUUUUGAACGUCUGCAUCAUGGUUCUGCCGAUCGCCCAUGCAGCCGUGCCCGGACUAGCCUUUGCAGCACCGCAGGUGCAUUCAAACCAAAUUUCGUUUGCUGCAGCGGAGAAAUAUGGGAUCAUGAGCGACGCUGACUCCCCAACCUAUAGGCGUUUCUCAUCAAAACCGGUCGAUCGCAGGGUUCGGAAAGUCUCCCUGACCGACACUGUCGUGGCCUGUGGGGAUUUCCUCUUGCUUACCCUGAACUUCGUUUGUGAGAUGUUCGAGCGAAAAUCUGACCGCGUGAAGCGACGCGCAGCUGCUCGGGAUAACUUCGCCGAGGUAGAAGGAGAAUCGUUGGACACCAUGAGCCUACUACUCAACAAGAGGUCGCAGAAUUUAGUGACCACCUGCUGCUACAGGGAAUGCCGUGUGUCGCAAAUGCUGGAUUACUGCCACCACGUGAAGUAAUGAAGACAUUUUCGAAAAUUUGACUGCCAAAAAUCAUUGGAAGAAGAUGAUUAAAUUCGAAAUACAUUCAGAUGCGCUGGUGUUCUGCUUACUCAACCAUGUCUUCAAUGUCCGGUGCGUUAGAAUUUCAGAAUGGAAAUAAAAAUAAGAAUCGAAAGCAA